UCUAAUGUGGACAGAUUACUAGAAUAAUCCUGAGCAUGGUUUUGGUGAUGAUCUUGGGGAUGACCUUGAGGAUUAGAGUUUGAUUUUCUUAGUAAAAGUUUGAUUUUGUUGUUUAAUGUGCAUUACCAUAUUCAAAUUCAGUUUAUUGUAUUACUUAUUUAGUUUAGACUUUGAAUUCCAUUUAAGACAUUCAAUUUGUUGUAUGACUUGUUUAUUUUAAACUUUUAAUUCCAAUUUAAGACAUUCAGUUUUAGACUUUUAAUUCCAAUUUGUUGUAUUAUAUGCUUAUGUCUUUAUGUUAUAGGAUGGCACCAAACAAUAGUAAGGAGACACUAAACUGGACAAGACAUAUGGAUGAUGCCCUCAUUGAUGCUUUUAUGACUGAAUAUAAUAAGGGCCGCAAAGUUAAUGGCACUUUUACAUCUACUGCUUAUGAUAAUAUUGUUAGAUAUUUAACUGCUUUGUUUGGUAAGCAAAUUGAUAAGGACAAGGUCAAAAACCGAUGGAAGACUUUAAAGAGAAAUUUUUCAAAUGUUUAUGAUAUUUUUAAAAGUUUGAGUGGGUUUGCUUGGAACCCAACAACUCAUUUGUGGGAUGCUGAGCCAGAAGUUUGGGAUACACUGAUUGAGGCUAAACCUAAGGCAGCACAGUGGAGAAACAAUCCUUUUCCAAAUUAUGAGAAGAUGCUAAUACUAUAUGGGGUGGAUAGAGCUAAUGGAGAUGAGGGGGAGACAAUGCGUGAAUGGAGGAAGAGACGUCGUACUCAGGAAGAGACCACUAGAACUGUUAAUGAUAUUGAUAACCUUGUUUCACAAGGUAGAUAUUCAUUACAAAAUGAUGAUGAUUUUGUUGAGUUAGAUGGACAAAAUAACUCACAUGGACAAGGAUUGUCACCUGAAGAAGAUAAUUCUCCUGUUGCUAAUAGUGCUUGUAGUAAGAGGACAAAACGAGCAUUCAAAGAGCAUGAAAAUAAUUUAAAGAAACUAACUGAGGCAAUAUGUCGAGUGGCUGAUGCAUUAGAUAGAGGAACUGAGGCAAUACUGCAAGGAAAUAUAGCCAUAACAAAAGCUUCCACUACAAAGAUGCAAGCACCACAGCUAUCCGGUGAAGAACUUUGCAAACUGCUUGAAGAAUGUGGGAUUGAGAUAGAAAAAAUACCUGAUGUAUAUUGCUUCCUUAUGAAUGAUGUUGAUAAGCUUAGAACAGCUGUUCAAUGUCCGGUUGCAAUAAGGAAGCAAGUGAUAAUGAAGAUGUUUUAUGGUUCUUAUUAAAUAGUUGUUUAACCACUUACUAUGAUGACUUUUGAUAUAAGCCCAAUGUGAUUUCUAGCAACUGAUGCUUUUUGUAUAUUUUGAUAGAUGCUAACAAUUUUAGCUUUUUAAUAGUAGGGAUGACUUCAUUUGCCCUAUUAGGUGUAUGUUUUGUUGAAAGCUUUUGUAUUGUUAGCAAAAUGUUAUAAACUAUGAUGAAGACAUAUUUAUUUAUGAAGAGUUUUAUUAUCAAGAGUUUUAUUUA